AUGGAUGUCGAUGUUGAUUGUCUCACCAUCUCUGAUGUUACCAUUGGCGAUCGAUGGAAUGAGACUCAAUUAGAACAUGUUUUCGGUACUAAUUUUAAUGUUCAGGAAUUAACUUCCAGUUCCAUUGAUCCCAACUCCUGCAAUCAUUGGAUUUGGAAUCCACAUACCAGACAUCACAAAAUCUCCGCUUUCGUAUACAAACAUCUGAAUCAAAACCUCACUCAAUCUGAGUCCUGGCCUGGUUGGCAGCUUCUUUGGAAACUGAAUAUUGCCCCUCGUACCAAGCAUUUCCUUUGGACUGUGUUUCAUGGCCGUCUCUCUACCUCUAACUUCUUAUUUCAAUUGAGACUUGGCCCUAAUAAUACAUGCGCUCUGUGUGGUCUAUUCCCUGAAACGAUUGAUCAUCUGUUCUGCCAAUGUAUUAUUGCUAAACAUGUUUGGAAUUAUUUGAGCUUGAAGAUCAACACGUACAUUCAUUUCCCUAUUGGAUUUGCUGUGGGAUCCUGGCUCACUGAUGGAAAUCUUUCUAAGCACUGUGCAUCUAUCAUUGCAGCAACCGCAUGGCUAAUUUGGAAAUCUCAUUGUGACGUCAUUUUUCGUAAUGCUAUCAUAAAUAUACCUGCUAUUGCUUGUAGAGCCCUUUCUCAUGUGCAGGAAUAUACCGCUAGUAACAGAUGUUUGGCCGGACAUAAACUUAUCUUGAACAAUUUCUCCUGUGCUAAUGAGCUAUUUUUGUUCUCCCACUCCAGCCCCAACCCAGGUUGCUGCGCUAUAGCCAUGAUCGACUCUUUAAUGGAUGAGCUCUCUGCCCUUGAUGUAGCGCUUCAUUCGGUCUUAGACAAUCGACUCAAUAUCAAACAUAUAUUUGUUAACACAACUACAACUCUCAGCAUUCUCAACCAUCCUAAUCCAGUCACCACGUGGAGGUUCAAUUCUCAGAUUGCCAAUAUCAGAUCACUCUUAGAGGAACUGGGUUCUUCUAUUCAUUGUACUCCCAAAACUUGGAUGCUCCCUGCUGUCAACUUGGCCACUCAUGGUGUUAACUCCUCCGAUAUCAAUCUUUUCCUGUUCGGACGAGAACUUCCUCACUAG